ACGGGGAGAGAGAAUAGACGGGACUCCGUUGAGGGCAGCGCUGCGCAAACUAAGUGAUUUUCGGGUGCAACAUCAUAAACGAGUCAACUGUCAAAUCAAAUGAUCAUUAUGCCCCUUCAACAGUCGUUAUUUAUCUGAUGGUCUGAAGUCAAGACCUAGGUCGGAGUUCGCCUACAAUUACCCUUUUUAUGGUUUCUUCUUCUUUUGACAUUGAUCGCGCUGUAGGAUAGGUUAUUUUCCCCAGCUUUACAGAGAGUGAACAUAACUCAAUCCCGGACAAACAAGUUCUCAUUCAAAUGGAUUAAUGAUAUAUUUUCCCAAAGGAAUGUACUUUUGGAGAAGCAUGCUGCUCUUGGAAAUCUCGAGGUUUGCCUUGUCCUGAGUAGAUUGAUCACAUGGGAUACAGAAGACAGAAGGACUCCUCUCACCCUGUACCGGGGCUGCAAUAGGAGAUCUAAAACCUCUACUAUCCCUGUGGGAAUAUGUACAACCAUCCACCUCUCCAGGACAAAGGAUGUCAGAACUGAUACAGAGUCUGGAACAAUGCCAACCCAGAGAGAAGCUGUCUGGAAUGUCUUUUACCUUGUUGUUUUUUAUUAUCACGGGACACAAACAAACAAGAAGAUGUUAUCAGAUAUGUUUUUUUGGAUGAAAGGGAGAAAACCAGAGGGCUUUCCUUCUGACCAGGCUCUUCUCUACACUAUGAGCUGAUUGACCCCUCUCUGCCCCCCCUCCACCCCCCCACACACACAAAUCGUCCCUCCCCACCACCACCUCCCUCCCACCGACGAUGGAUCUUACAAAUGACACCACGGUCAUCACAGACAGCGACUUAUUGGAUGACGACUCAACCCGCAUCCUGACUGGCUGUUUCCUCUCGCUGCUCAUCCUCUCCACGUUGCUCGGCAACGUCCUUGUGUGUGCCGCCGUCACCAAGUGCCGUCACCUGCGUUCCAAAGUCACCAACUUCUUUGUGAUCUCGUUGGCCGUCUCCGACCUCCUAGUCGCAGUACUGGUGAUGCCGUGGAAGGCCGUGACGGAGGUCGCAGGUUUCUGGCCAUUUGGCUCGUUCUGCGACACUUGGGUGGCGUUCGACAUCAUGUGCUCCACAGCGUCCAUCUUGAACCUGUGUGUGAUCAGCGUGGACCGUUACUGGGCAAUAUCCAGCCCGUUCCGCUAUGAGAGGAACAUGACUCCUAAAGUGGCGUUUGUGAUGAUCAGCGUGGCCUGGACGCUCUCCGUCCUCAUCUCCUUCAUCCCCGUCCAGCUCAGCUGGCACAAAGCCCAGACCUUUACCUCUACCUCCAUCACUACCUCCACAACCACCCCCUACGGCCUCCAGGCCCCCCCAGACUCCUCUAACCCUGUUAGGGAUAACAACACACAUCAGGCCCCCCGGGACUGGGACAACUGUCACUUCAGCUUGAACCGGACCUACGCCAUCUCUACCUCUCUGAUCAGCUUCUAUAUCCCAGUGAUCAUCAUGGUGGUCACCUACACCCAGAUCUACCGUAUCGCCCACCGUCAGAUCAGAUGCCUCUCCACCCUAGAACGAGCCGCAGAGAGCGCCAAGAACCGACACAACAGCAUGGCAGAAGGCGGCGGAGAAUCCAGUCUCUCCGAAUCAGAGAGCUCGUUCAAGAUGACGUUCAAACGGGAGACAAAGGUCCUGAAGACGCUGACUCUGAUCGUGGGCGUGUUCGUGUGCUGCUGGCUGCCCUUCUUCAUCCUGAACUGCAUGGUGCCGUUCUGUGAGCCUUCGCCCCGCGGUGCCGCCGCCUCCUUCACCUGUAUCAGCCCCACUAUGUUUGAUGUGUUUGUGUGGUUCGGGUGGGCCAACUCUUCCAUCAACCCCAUCAUAUACGCCUUCAACCCAGACUUCCGCAAAGCAUUCUCUAUCCUCCUGGGCUGCCACAGAUUCUGUCCCGGAGGUCACGGCAUGGGCGCGUUCAGUCUCAAUAAGAAGUGAGCGCAGAGCCUCAGAAUUCCCAGUGGUAGUAAUAAACAACAUACAUGGAAAACAUCUGCUGAGACACUGGUCUCAGAAGAGGAUCUACAGUACCAGCUGUCAUGACCGUCAGAGAACUGUAGCAUGCCAUCGUCUGGUGCAUUGUAUCGCCAUAAGCAAGCAGAGUAAGCACUACAACCUUGGUGUAAAAGGUUUGUUGUUGUCAUUGAGGGUGCCGCCACCUUGUGCAGUGUCACUGGGCAUAACAUACAGUAUGAUCUGAAAUGGCACUGAGUGACCCUUUGCAGUGUCUCUGACUGUGCAGUGAGUGCAGUACAUUUAGUGACACAUUGUCUCUGUGGAGUAGACACUACAGUGAGUCAGGGCCCCAGACUCUGACCCAGUGAUGCUUUAUUGUGUAUUUUACAGAAUGUUCAAAAGAGGUCACUUUAUUACAAACGUUUUGAGAUGUAAUGCAGUACUUCAAGAAAAUAUA